GAAUGGCCGUACGCGUCAAAACUAAAAGUGCAAAAGUCGAAUUGGGGUUCCCGACAAGUGUUUCUUUCUCCUUGUAUUUUUGUUUUGCCAUUGGCUGAUUGUUUGUUUUUCUCUUUUCUCUUUUCUCUUUUCCCAUAUUUCUUUUUUUGUCCCGUCGCGCAUCGAAAAUAGUUUAAGGAUGCUAGCGCAUCCGAUCCUCGCUUCCGAGGAUGAUGAAGACUAUGUAAUACGUGUGAUUUUCAACCUCCCAUCUCUUCUAGAAGCUUUCUUCGACGCCAUUGAAACAAUUUGCGCAGAACCCUCCCCUCCGGAAGAAUUCAAGACACGUGCAGAAGUUCUACAUCUUACAAUACAACAGCGCCUGCUUGUGUUACAAGGGGUGCCGCGCGGGGCAUUCCGUCACUACGAUGAACUGACUGGUAAAGAAACAGAACAUAAGGAACUGCCUAAGUUGAUUGACCAGCUUCGCCAUGUUUUUCUUGAGAACAAGGUGGACAUUGGGCCGCAGGCGUUGCUGUGGCGGAAGCGCUCUCUCUCUUUAGCCAAGGACUGUGCUGAUCACAUGAAUCGGUGUCGUGUCCGUUUUUCAUUCCGCACAAAACUGCGGCGCGAGUUUGUCACAUUUGGCUCCGGAUUUUUCUCGUUUAGCAUGGUGGCUUUCGGCCUCACGGGACUUUUUGCGUGCGCCGCUGUCAUCGUCCUUCCGCAAUACUCCCUGCACGAAAAACAGGCGUGCCCGUGGGCUGCGUCGCGUGUGUGCUGCUCAUGCUUUCGGGCUCUCUUGUCGCCUACAAUUGUGUCACAGCUGUCCGCUCCCUGCACGUCUUGUACGCUCAGCUCUUUCACGAAUACUCCAUUGCAGGCGGAUCGCCGUGCGACAUUCUUCUUAGCUCGUUGCAAGAGCCUUUCUCAAAGCCGCGAGGUAAAGACGGCCCCCGCGACUCACCAGGAAAGAGACUGGAAAUGGGUCGGGAGACGAAGAUGGGCUACUACACAAUACCCUACGGUGAAAACAACGGGAUCGGCUACAUUGAGGGCAAGCAAAUGAAUGCGCAGGUGGUGAUGAUUGCAUUCGACAGCAAUUUCCAAAUCACGUGGUGGAACAACGCCGCGGAGGUAAUGACGGGCUUUUUGCAGGACGGUUGCAUCGGCAAGCCACUUAACGAGCUUGUCCAGUGUCCGAAAGACGAGGACGUGUGCGCGCUGAUCAAACAGACACGUCGCGGAAACCUUCUUAAAAUCAAGCUGAGGUCCCUGACCGCCGCGCCGACAACACUUAGCACCGUGGUCGCGCCCAUCCUCAACAACGAAAACACGUCGAUUGGUAACGUGCUCAUUUGCGCCAACUCGCUAGAUAAUCUUCGCGAAUACCGCAUUUACGUUCAAAACUACCAGGUGAGCGAGACGAUCAGCGCGCUGUCGGCCCUGUCAGAGCGCUCUACGUUAGCGCACGAGGAUGCAGCACUUGUUAACUCACUCACCCGUUUCGUCAAAAGUGGCCUAGCCAAUCACAUCGAGACCUUGGCACGCGGCAUGGAGUCAGAUUGGGACUGGACGAGCGUCGAGCAGCUGCUUGGGCGGGCGUUGGGGCAGCGAAUCGAUCAGCAUGAAGUUCUGGUAGACCCCCUGUUCCCACCCACACUGUGCGUCCACCCUGACGUGCCCAAAACGUUCGGCGCCGUGGCGGAAAUGGCGGGCGGGCGCUGCACCGUUACGCUUCAGAUGCUGAACUUGACGGGCAACGUUUUCUCUUUGGCGGUAACGGUGCUGCUAGGCCCGAAGUGCCGUCCCUGGGACCAAGUUCAGUUAGAUAAGCAACUCGAGCAGCUGCUGCGCACCACCUCUGGCAGCGUCUACUACCUCGAAGAGCGAGUCGUUCUGCACUUUCCGUGUCAAGUAGCGCCGAUUCUCGACGACGUCGACGACAGCGAGAACAACCCGACAUCCGAUCAGGCCCUGCAGCUCACACAGGCUCGUGCUAUCAUCAACUGCACCGUUAACGUGAUCACUGCAAUCACCAACAUGGUGGACCAGCAUAACCUGUCGCUUAUUCUUCUGAAGACGAUGUUCGUGUCCCUCGCUAGUGUGCGCGAACGCAGUGACUUGGAGCAGCGCCUGUCGGCGCGUCCAUGCGACGUGGACGUUGUCGUGUGCGAUAGCGAGUGGCUCAGCUCGUCGCGUGACCUGCUCAUGCAAAACGAUCACGGCGCCAUUGUGAUUCCGCUGAUCAGCGCGCAGAUGUCCGUGCCUGCUGAUUUCAAGUACACAAUUCGUAUGCCUCUUGUGCGAAAGGAUGUCCAGCAACUCAUUUUGGAGGUCGGCAAGGCGGUGUCAAUGAAGAAGAACGCCAUCAGCGCGCGUGAGGAACGCGAACGCAUUCUCACCUUCCGCCAGGAUUCUCCGUGGACACGCGGCAAAUUGCUCGGGCGCGGGUCCUACGGUGCGGUGUAUGAGGCGGUGAGCGAUCUUACCGGCGGCAAGAUGGCCGUGAAGAUGUUCUACUUCUCGCACGAUGUAGAGUCGUCGAUUAGCACGCUGCUGAACGAAAUCUCCAUCAUGUGCAGCCUCAACCAUCCCAAUAUCGUACACUACUUCCAUUGCGAGCGUAAAGACAACAACGUUAGCCUUUUCAUGGAGUUGUGCGAAGCCUCUCUCACUGACAUCAUCGUGGGGCGGCGCCAGAAACCCGCUCACUUGUCCGUGGUGCAGAUUGUACGGCAAGUUCUCACCGCUAUUGCGUACCUGCACAGCCGCGGCAUUACACAUCGCGACAUCAAGCCGCAAAACAUUCUUCUCAAGGGCGACACCGUAAAACUCACCGACUUUGGUACCGCGGUGCAAGGCAAGGCGGCAAAGGAGGUGAAAGGGACAUUCCGGUACAUGGCACCCGAGGUGUAUAAAGGUGACCCACAUUCUCUGAGCUGCGACAUCUGGUCCAUCGGCUGCCUCGUCUGCGAGCUCUUUGCGUGCCCGCCAUCAUUCAUGGAGCACUCAACCUUGCUGGGCGAGAUGAAAUCGACAGAGGAGUACCUGGCGGAGGUGCCCCAAAACGCUGCGCUGUGUGAUUUUCUGAACAAAUGCUUCCAGCUGGACCCGGAGCGUCGCUGGAGUGCGCGUGAUCUUCUCAUGCAUCCUCUCAUUUCUGGCAACACCGCGACAUCAUCUGUGGUGAAACUGGAGACAAUCUUUGACGCGAAGUACACCAGUCGGCAAGAUCCGUCGAUUCACUCUGUAUUCUCACUACGGUCCGCGUAA